CAACACGUAGUUACCUUUUUAUUUAUAAGUGUAUAUCGAUUUAUAUAAUUAGAUCCUUAAGAUUCAAAAUAUUGAUAAAAAGUGUUUUAAGUAGUUAAUUAAUUAAAUAAAUUAAUCGCCAUGGCGUGGAUUUUAGUUAAUCCAGAGAUGCACAGCAUUUUUGCAUCUCUGGGUGUUUUACAAGGGGAUACGUAUCAAGUCAGUGAACACUGUCUCAGUUAUUUAAAAAAUAUAUUAGAAAAAUUAUUGAACGAAGAUCGAACACUACGUACAUUUCGUCGUGCAAUUGGUUUCGGACAAAAUAUCAAAAAGGAUUUAUUGCCACUAUUAAUUUAUUGUAAAAAUGAUAACCAAAUAAUCGAUGCAACAAUACGUAUAUUAGUGAAUUUAACCGUACCCGUUGAAUGUUUAUUAUCAACGGAUGCAAUGUUACGUACGGAUGUUGGUCGUCACACCAUAUUUGAAUUAAAUCGUUUAUUAGCAACAAGUAAAGAAGCAUUUAGUGAUGCACGUGCUACAAAAGCAAUAUUAGAUUAUAUUAAACAGAUUACUGAAACACAAACCAGUUAUUCAUCAGCAACCACAGCAACGACAACUACAACGGCUGUGACCACAUCUUCAGCAGUAGCAGCAUCCACCAAUAAAUUAUCAUAUGAUCAAUGUGAUUCAAUAAAUAAUUGUUUAUUACUGUUACGUAAUGUGUUACAUAUACCACCUGAUUUAAUUGAAUUUACAACACGUGCAAAUGGUGAACGAAAUUUGGAACGUAAUGAAACAAAUGGUACAAAUAUACAAAAUCAAAUAUUAUGGAAUUUAUUUACACAAAGUAUCGAUAAAGUUAUUUUACAUUUGGUUACACAUAAACAAACAUUUGUUCAUGAUGGACACGUGGAAUUUUGGGGUGUAACAAUAGUCCAAUUAAUCGCAUUAAUGUAUAAAGAUCAGCAUUUUGGUACACUCCAUAAAUUAUUAAAUUUAUGGGUGGAAGCAUCUUUAAGUAGUGAAAGUAGUGAAGAUAAUGAAUCAAACACAUCACCACCGCCACAUGGUGGUGGUAACGGUGGCUCUAGUGGUGAUUCUUCACCUAUUUUAACAUCUGACCCCACAUCUGAUUCAUCAGAUAAUGGUGGUAGUGGUAAUAGUGGUAGUGGCAAUAGUAAUACAAAUGGUAAUACUGGUAAUAAUAAUAGUAACAAUGAUACAACUACUACUACAACAUCCACCACAACUUCAACAACAACUACUACUAAAACACAUCAACAAUUACAUAAUGAACAUAACGAACAUAAACAUAAACAACAACAAUUAGAACAACAACAACAGCAACAACAACAACAAAUGAAUGUAGAUGAUGGUGAAAAAACAAAUAUUUCAAAUCAGUUUCGUCCAAAAGGUAUAACAGCAUGCAUGAAGAACAUAUCACAACGUUUUAAAAAACCAUUUGAACAUGGUCAUCAAUCUGCGUCUUCAUCAUCGGGAAUAUCUUCGGGAACGGCAUCGACAAGUGCCGUUGGAAAUAAAAAAGCUAGCAAUAAUAAGAUGCAGUCUCACAAUCAGCACUCUUCCACCACAUCAUCACGUAAAGUUUAUGUGAAACGAUACCCAAACUAUGCACGGGAUUCUAAUAAUAUUGGAUUCAUAAAGGAAACAAGAACUAUUGAUACUAGGAUGUCAACAAAUAAUUGUUCAAAUAAUAAUAACAAUAAUAACAAUACAUCGUCAUCAUCAACCAGUGGAAUUGGUUUAAAUAGUAUUAAAAUAAUGGAAUUAACAUCAGAAUUAUCCGACUGUGGAUAUGGUACACAAAUGGAAAAAGAAUCAAUUUCAUCAAGUAAUGAUGAUGAUAGUUAUAAACAAAAUCAAUCGAAUCAAAAAUCAACACGAACUAAACCAGUACAUCAGAAACCACCAUCACAAAAAUUACGUUUUAAUAAUAAUAUACAACGGGCAACCAUUACAUUAGAUGAUAAAAAAGAAUUACGUAGAAAAAAAUUAGUUAAGCGAAGUAAAACACAUAUAAUAAAUAUGAAAGGCUUAAUGCAACAUAUCCCAACCGAUGAAGAUAUUUCCAACAUUUUAAAAGAAUUCACUGUUGAUUUCCUGUUAAAAGGUUACAGUUUAUUAGUGGAAGAUUUAUAUAAACAAUUAUUAACCGAUCAAUUACAUUUACAAAUUGAUACAUCGCAUUUCUUUUGGUUAAUAACAUACUUUUUAAAAUUUGCAACACAAUUGGAAUUAGAUUUAGAGCAUGUUCAAGGUGUUCUAUCAUACGAUAUUAUAUCAUAUUUAAUAUAUGAAGGUGUUGAUUCAUGGGAGAAAUUAGAAAUUGCAUCAAAACAAGUUGGACGUGAUUUAAAACCAUUUUUACGUCGUAUGCAUUUGGUAGUAACAGCAAUACGUGAAUUUUUACAAACAUUAGACAUUUAUCAAAAAAUUCAACGUUUGAGUACAUACGAUAAACAAUAUUUAAAAGAUUUACAAAUUCAAUUAGCAAAAACAGAACAAUUUAAAUUAUUAUUUGUAUUAUUGAUACGUAAAUAUAAUCCAAAAAUACAAAAUUUACAAUAUUUACAAGAUUUAAUUGUUACAAAUCAUAUAUUAAUUAUGUUUUUGGAUAAUAUCAAUAAAUAUGAAACAAAAGUUACCAAUAAACAACAAUUUAGUUUAAAUUCACAUAUCGAAAAGUUUGCAACCGUUGAAAUGAUGUAUCAAUAUGGUUUAUUGUUAGAACAUUUUCAAAAUAAUGGUGAAUAUGUUAAUAAUUGUAUAUUUACAAUGAUGCAUCAUGUUGGUGGUGAUUUAAAAUCAAUAUCAACAUUGUUUCAACCAAUUAUUUUGAAAACAUUCUCGCAAAUAUGGGAAACUGAUUAUGAUAUAUGUGAUGAUUGGUCUGAUUUAAUUGAAUAUGUCAUACAUAAAUUCAUUAACACACCAAGACAAACACCGGCAAGCAGUUCAAAUGCACAUUUGAAUAGUGAUUGGCCUUUUAAAAUGUCAUCGAAUCUACCAUCUUACAUAAAACCAAAUAUCGAACAUAUAUUAUUAGAUGAACAGAUAAUUAAAACAUUAUCAAUGAAUGAUAAUAAAAAGGAAGAAGAUAAAGAAGAAAAAGAAGAUAUUAUGGAUGAUAGUUAUCAUAAAACAGAAUCAAUACUUGAAUCAAAACAUUCAAAACAAUUAAAACAAGAAUCACAAAAAAGAAAUGAUAAUACUGAUAAUACACCAUAUUUAAAUAUUUAUAAAGAAUUAUUAUUAAAAGAAGAUAAUUGUGAUCAAUAUUUAUUGGAAAUACAAAAAUUAUUAUUAGAUGUUUGUUAUUGCAAACUAAAUAUUAUUUAUGGUUUUAAUACAACAAAUACAACACAAAAUAAUAAAAAUAUAAAUACAAAUGUAACUAAUAUCAAUCAUUGUGUGGAACCAAUACCAUAUCAUUAUUGUGUAUUGAAAAAAGCAAUUCCAUUAGUAACAUGGAGUACAGAAGAAUGUCGUAUUUAUGAAAUUCAUCCAUUUAUUAUGCUAAUGCAAAAAUUAGGAUUAUUAUUACCAACUGAUACUGGUAAUAUAUUUAUAAGAAUACCAAUUACAUGGACACCAGAUCUUCUAUUUCAAACGGCCUUACGUUUAGGACCGAUUGAUACUUCAAAAUUAAAUUUCGAUAUAAAAUAUUUAAAAGGAUUUGAUUUAAUGAACCAAGAGCAAACAACAGAUACCAAAUUUAAGGAUGAUCUCAUUACUGAACAAAAGCCUUAUCAAGGAAACAAGAAUAUUAUAAAACAUAAUACAUCGUCAAUGUUUCCAUUUAGUACAUUACCAAAUCCACCAACAAAUUGGUUACAAACUGUAAUGCGAGCAAAUAAUUGUGGUACAAUUCGUACAUCUAUCAGUAAACCCGCUAUGUCUAUUGAAAUACCUUCACUUAAUAUUUCAAAUAAUAUUAUUAACACAUCAUCAACGAAUGCAAACAUGGAUCUAACAUCCUCUAGAGAUGGAACUCUAAAAAUAUCACCAUCAAUACAAUUACUAUCAAUAGCAGAAUCUGGUGAUAAUAAUGAUGAUGUUGAUAGAAGUGGAGAAACAUCUAGAGAACAAUCUUGUGAAAAUGGUCUCGAAGAAUCAUUGUCAUCAACAUCAGAGUCGCUAUCAUCAACAUCAACAACACUAGGUGGUUUAUUAACAACAAAUAUCAAUGAUAAUGCGUUUGAUGAUGAUGAUGAUGAUGUAAUGACUACAACACCACAUCUAUUUACACCGAUUAUCACAUCAUCAGCAUUAUCAUCAAAAUCUUCUUCGACGUUGUUAGUAAUGAAAACAACUGCAGAACAUUUACAACAACCAAUGGAGCAAUGUGUACUAUUGGAUAUUAAUGAACAUACAAAUAUUGCACAUAGUGAUAUAAGUGAAACAUGUUCGGUAGCUUCAGAUUUAACAAGGAUGUGUGUUAGUGAUGAAGAAGAUGGGAUUGAUGUUGAGGAUAUUAUAGGAAAUUCACCACCUGCAUUAGUUAAAUUUGUAGUAAAUAAUUAAGUACCUGGUCAAUUGAAUUUUGCUAAGUAAUUGAACAUAGACUUCAAUAAAUGAAAAUACAAUGAAAUUAUCCGAUCUAGCUAAUUGCCACAAUAUAAUAAACGAUUAAAAAUGAGUUUUUCUCGCAGAUAAGAUAUUAAUAAAUCGUCAGAAACUUUUCUGUAGAAAUCUGUGCUUCAAAUACACAAAAGUAUCCAUUUAAUAGAACAAGGUGUGACAAUUGACGAGAUAUUGAAGAAGAAGGUAUAUCAUAUCGUUAGAUGCCAAUCUAAUAUUGGCCUAAAUACUUCAUAAGAUCUAAAUACGCCAUAAGAUAGACAUGAUUUAUGGCAUAAUUUAUAGUUUGAUACGAUGCACGAGCAAGUACGAACAUAUAUUUGAUUAAUUUCGAAAGGGGACAAUAUGUCGUAUAUUUUAAUUAAAGUAUUUUAACUUUUAAAAUGUCUUUAUAAUAAAGUUUUCAGUUUUAUGGAACAAAAUAAUUUCGAUGGAUUUGUAAAUAAAAACAUUUCAAAAGUUCAAAGUAUUUUUUAAACGAUUUAAACACAAUAUUUUAAUUUUGGUGUACCGUAUAAGAAAACAAAAUUCCAAUCGAUAUUGUCGAAUACCCUUAAGCAGUUAAGGAUAUCCUCGUCAAUUGUUCCCCUAACAGAUUAUGUGUGAUAACAUGACAUAGAAUUGUCGGCGCUGCUAUUAUCAUCCGCCAUCGAUGAUAGCUGUGCCUUUAAUUUCAAACACGGAUGACCUAUAGAUACGGGCAAAAAUUGUUUUUGUCCAUGGAUUUAGUUAAAGUCACAUAUGGAAAAUUUUCUCUGGAGUUAAUAUUUCUUUUCUUAUAGUGUUUUUGUAUUAACAAAUAAAUUCGUACCAAAAUUCUUUGAUUUAAUUACAUAUUUUACAUGGGUUGGACAUUAUCAGGAUGUAUGCCAUCACAGGGUGAACGCAUGGGCCAAAAAACCCGCAGACCCGUGCUUCCUCAAUUCUAUUAAAUCAAGGCCAACCCGUGGAUCAUAGGGUAGACGCUAUCACGUGAUAAACGAACGCAAGGGCCAUAAAAAAUAGGUUUUGUAAAAAUUUAAAAUUUAUGUUAUUCGUCAAACCAAUUUUGAAUGCAUUUAAGUCCGUGUUUUUAUAGUCAAGAAUAUCCGUAACUUUUAGUCAUUGAUGGAGAUAUCUAACCAAAGAAAAUUCUUAAUCCGCGAAAUUUGUUUUGUCCAGGUAUAAAAGUCAUCCGUGUCUGAAAUUAUAGGCACGGAUAUUAUCCGUGUCGGGUGGCAAUGAACACUUCGUAGAAUAUAGGAAUUGGAAAAAUCGUAAAUUAUAAGGAUGUGCCUUAAUUGUAAUGUAAUAUUUUAGUGUUUGGUUUUUGACUAACUCUGUGUCAAAUAGGAUCUUACACUAUGAUUACAAAAAAAAAAAACUUUUUAUCUAAUAUUUACGAAUUGAUACUUUGUAUGUAGCGUCAUAAACCCAUUAUAAUUGAUUGCCUAUGUGUGGCGUUAAAAAUGUUGCGCUAUAAGAUAAUAAUAAGUAUUUUCGGAUUCCUUUUUUUUUCCUUAGCACUUCCAUUUUCGGGGUCCGCAGUGUUCUAAUACAUACAAGCAUUAUUGUUAUUAAACUCAAUUCAUCAUAUUACAAAAAAAUUUACGUAAA